AUCAAGAGCAAAGUUAUAAUGAAAUCUCUCUACUACAACCAUCAAAUAGACUAACAAGGAUAUCCAUGUUAGAGAGCUGGACCUAAUAGUGUGAGGUUUCAGAUUUAAGAGUGGCAUUAUGGCAAGCUAGUGUUUCAAGAUGGUCACAAGGAGAGAGUUCACUAUUGGACCUAUAAUGCGGACUUGGCAGUGGUCAGCAGCAGUUGUGGGUGAAUACUAGCUGCUUCAGUCCUGUGUUGGUAAGAGUGAGGGGCAUAAACAGUGCCAUUGUAAUGGUAUAAACAAGGACUAGUGGGACUUUCCUGUUAUUGCCUGAAGCAAAGUGUAUUAUCUGGCAAUCGUGUUGAUGUGGCUGGGCCGUCCCUAUUUCUGGCUGUUCUCUUGUCAGAAACUUUUACACAGAUAUCAGAAGUCCUGGGUGGCACUGAGAAUUUGGCACCACUUUUCCUUUGUCCCACAGAUUAGACCUCAUAUGCCUUGGGGUGUUUAAAGCAGCAUUUCUUUUCAUCAAUGAAGCGGCUAUGGCAUGUCUAGCUGUAGACCCUGCUGUCAUGUUAAUGGUCAUUGGAGUAUUAAUGUUUCUAAUAACUUUCUGUGGGUGUAUUGGCUCAGUACGAGAAAAUAUCUGCCUCUUACAAACGUUUUCCAUCUGUUUGACCAUAAUCUUUCUGCUGCAGCUGGCAGCUGGAGUCCUGGGAUUUGUCUUCUCUGAUAAGGCACGGGGGAAAGUGAGCGAGAUUAUCAACAAUGCCAUUAUUCAUUACAGGGAUGACCUUGAUCUCCAAAACCUAAUUGAUUACGGACAGCAAGAGUUUAGCUGCUGCGGUGGGAUAUCGUACAAGGACUGGUCUCAGAACAUGUACUUCAACUGCACUCCUGACAAUCCCAGCAGGGAGCGCUGCUCUGUCCCGUACUCCUGCUGUCUCCACCCGGAAGAUGAGGCUGUGAUUAAUACAAUGUGUGGCCAGGGAAUGCAGGACCUGGAUUACUUGAAGGCAGGAGUGUUCGUCAACACCAACGGCUGCAUCGACAAACUAGUGAACUGGAUCCAUGGGAAUCUCUUCCUACUGGGAGGGAUAGCGCUGGGCCUCGCCAUUCCACAGUUGGUUGGGAUCCUUCUCUCCCAAAUACUGAUCAACCAGAUAAAAGACCAGAUAGAGUUGCAAAGGUACAACCGGCAGCACCGAUCGGAUCCCUGGAGCUGACGUGGCGAGCGCUGCUGAGCACUGUCAGGGGGGUUCUGUUGGAGACUGCUGUUCUUUUUGUUGUAGAUGAACUUUUCAGUAGAGAGGUUUGUUCAAUUUUAAUUGCUAUACCUAGCAAUUAGAAUUCAGUGUCAAGGGCUCGGAGUCACAAAGGCUAUGCAGGGUGGGAGCAAAGUCCCUGUUCAAAGCCACUAUUCUGCUGUUGGUAGAUAUCAAUCCACUUGCAGCAGUGGUUGGUGACAGUAGUUGAAAUUUCACAUGGAACAAAAUCUCCCACCCUAGUAUACAAACUAUUUCAAGCUUGGCAACAUGCGAUUUGUCAGACACUUUUCUCAACUCUUCAAUUUGAAAUGUAAAUUAAAGUAAAAAUGUUCUUAUGGUGUUGUACAUUUACCUCACCCUGUACUAUAUAUACAUGUAUUUGGCUUAUAUGUACCUGUACAUAUGCAGUAAGUGUAUGUAGUAUAUUAAUGUGAGGCAUGCUGGUGAUCAGAGAUCUGAAUAUCAAAGGUGUGCUGACCCUCUAAUCACUGUAGAUCAAUGACACGAGAGGAGUUCUUGAUGUCUGGAUUUGUUUACCUACUUGUAUUGCGUGUGACAUCGAUAUUAAAAUAGUGGUUGUUUGUGAACCCUAGGUCCAUUAAGUACCCAAAACACAUUUAGUGUUAUUUCAGCACAAUGAUUUAUAUUUCAAAUACGUCGAACUGUAAAUGUAUGCGUGUGCUAUUUUACUGUAUUGUUUUUAAACCCGACACCUCCUUGUGUCGGACAAACGUGUCCGGUUUAGCGAGGGGCUACUUUAUGAUUAUGAAAAACUUUUUGGGGGUUAAGGUUGGGGCCCCACUAUAGAAUCUGAUGGGAUUAAAAUGCCUUUCAUUUAUAUAUAAAAAUAUUAUAGGUAAAAUGAAGACGGAACAGAAUGCAUUGUACAGAUGACGUUUACAUUUAACAAAAACAAUGUUAGUUUGAUUCUUGCACCCUUGCAUUUAUAGACGUUAUUUGGGCACUAUCUGCUGCAGCAAACCACACCUCAACUGCUGCUAUUUGAAAAAAUGUCGCGCAACUCUCGCUAAAGAUCUUGCUAAGAUGAAACAAAGAAUAUUUAAGUGAGUAUAUUGCGGCUUUCUUCAUGAACAUAAUUUCUUAGUACAUACGACAAAAUGUGCACUUUGCGAAUUGUCGUAACGAAAAUGCAAAUUGCGGUAUGUUUGCGCUGCGACUCACCAAUCUUAGUACAUCUACCCCUUAGUCUAUUAAUAAAAGCAUUGAAAAACGUGAUGUUUCAAAAGAGGAAUCAUCUGUUACAGUAACGUUUACUUAAAAGUAAAUAAUGCAGCUCAUUACGGACAUGUGUUUUUUUUCUUUUUUUACUUUUUACUUUCCUUACUGAGCUGGAAAAAAUGGGAACAUACUUAUUUAUGUAAUGUGGAUACAAAUUGAAAAUGACAAUCACAUAACAUUGUAAUGGGAAACGGUCUGUAAGCUCUAGACCAGUACAAUGUAGUAUUCUGUGACCCUUUUACAUUGCGUGCCUCUUCAUGGUUAUAAUCUUUAUUGCCUUUAUAUUAACUAAUUUGGUGGGCCAGGGGACCAUUUUAUGUCAAAGAAAAUACACUGUUAAUGGUACUAAACUAGUAUAGUAACAAGUAACCCAAAAUGUUAAUUGAAGGACUCAAAACUGUGCCUGGUACUUGAGUAGUAAUUUUGUAACAUUGACAUAUUUCUUUCAUUAAAAAAAAAAAAAAAUGCAAAUUGUAUUUUGGUGUAAACGCCACGAUCAACUAGGCAUCUUAUGUCAUUCUCUUCUAGUUUACUCCUUCCUACACAGUCUGGUCACAAAAUGAAGAGGUGCUUGCAAAAUUAUUUCUGAUUUUCUAUAGAACAAAUACCCCUUUUUAAGUGCCUAAAAUGUGUAUAGUGAAAUUAUAAGGAUUUUAAAAUUACUGUGAAACCGUAAUGGAUUUAAAAUAAUUAAAUUACUAAUUUAACAAAUGUCUUAUGUCGAUGUACAUCUAUCUGUCUUAUCUGUACAAGGCUAUUAAAUAUACUGUAUGUGCACUGUAACUGUUGUAAAAUAUUACUGUUUUAUUUGAAUUCUGUUAUGUUGGCUAUGAGUGGUUGUAGGAAGUGUUAAUUUGACUACUUAUGUAAUUGUCUGUAUCUGGUAUUAAAGUGGAAUUAGUGAA